GACGCAGCCCAUCAUGGCGGCGGGAGCGCGGCUGCCGGGGCCCGGGGUUCCGCAGGGCUGCUGCCGUUGCUGCUGAGAGGCGGCGGCGGCGGCGGCGGCGGCGGCGAGGCGGCGAGGCGGGCGGGCGGGCGGGAAGGAUGGUGGUUCUGCGGCCGGAGCGGCGGGUGCGGACCGGGGGCCGGGCUUGGCCGAAGCGACGUGCGCUCCGGAGCCGCCGGCGCGGUGCGGCUGAGGCGGCGUGAGAGGAAGGAGCGGCGGCCGGACGCGCUGACGGAAGGCGACCCGAGCGCCGGCCCGGGCCGUGCGGCGGGCGAGAUGCCGGGGCGGCCGGCGUCGCUGCUGCUGCUGCUGCUGCUCCUGGCCGCCCGCAGCGCCCGGGCCGUGCCGCUGCCGCAAACAGGUGCAGUGGAGUCACCUGCUGCCGAAGUUUCCUCAUCCUUUGUGAUCCUAUCUGUGUGCAGUUUCAUUAUAUUAAUCGUGCUAAUUGCAAAUUGCGUAUCCUGCUGUAAAGACCCAGAAAUUGACUUUAAGGAAUUUGAAGAUAAUUUUGAUGAUGAGAUAGAUUUCACACCACCAGCAGAAGAUACUCCCUCUGUUCAGUCCCCAGCAGAAGUGUUCACACUUUCAGUACCAAAUGUUUCACUGCCAGCUCCAUCCCAGUUCCAGUCUUCUGGAGAAGGUUUGAAGUCUCAAGUUGCCCGCCACAGUCUAAAUUAUAUACAGGAAAUUGGAAAUGGCUGGUUUGGAAAGGUCCUUCUCGGAGAGAUUUACACAGGCACUAGUGUAGCAAGAGUCAUAGUGAAGGAGUUAAAAGCAAGUGCAAGCCCAAAGGAACAAGACACUUUUUUGAAAAAUGGAGAACCAUACUACGUUCUUCAGCAUCCGAAUGUUCUUCAGUGUGUGGGGCAGUGUGUAGAAGCAAUUCCCUACCUUCUGGUGUUUGAGUUCUGUGACCUGGGCGACCUGAAGGCGUACCUGCGCAGCGAGCAGGAGCACGUUCGGGGCGACGCGCAGACCAUGCUGCUGCAGCGGAUGGCGUGCGAGAUCGCCGCGGGGCUGGCGGCCAUGCACAAGCUGCACCUACUGCACAGCGACUUGGCCCUUCGGAAUUGUUUUCUCACCUCGGACCUCAAUGUGAAAGUGGGAGACUACGGCAUAGGAUUCAGCAGGUACAAGGAGGAUUAUAUUGAAGCAGAUGAUAAAAAAGUUUUCCCUCUGCGAUGGACUGCUCCAGAGUUAGUAACCAGCUUUCAAGACAGACUGCUAACUGCAGACCAAACCAAGUACAGUAACAUCUGGUCCCUGGGUGUGACACUUUGGGAACUUUUUGAUAAUGCUGCUCAGCCGUAUUGCAACCUGUCCAACUUAGAUGUUCUUAACCGGGUCAUUCGAGAGAGAGACACAAAACUCCCCAAGCCCCAGCUGGAGCAGCCUUAUUCUGACAGAUGGUAUGAAGUUUUGCAGUUCUGUUGGUUGCCACCAGACAAGCGACCGGCCGCCGAGGACGUGCACAGGCUGCUCACCUACCUGCGCAUGCAAAGCCAGCGGGACUCGGAGGUGGACUUCGAACAGCAGUGGAACGCUCUUAAACCGAACACACACACCAGGGACACGACCAACAGCGCCGCCUUCCCCAUCCUCGACCACUUCUCCCGGGACCGGCUUGGCCGGGAGAUGGAGGAGGUCCUCACUGUGACGGAAACCAGCCAGGGCCUGAGCUUCGAGUACGUCUGGGAGGCGGCCAAGCAAGACCACUUCGAUGAGCGCAGCCGGGGCCCCCCGGACGAGGCCUUGUCUUACACGAGCAUCUUCUUCCCCGUGGAGGUGUUUGAGAGUUCCCUCUCCGACCCCGGGCCCGGGAAGCAAGACAGCAGUGGCCAGGAGGUCCCUGUGCGAGCCCCGGGCGUGGUUCCCGUGUUCGAUGCCCACAACCUGUCUGUGGGAAGCGACUAUUACAUCCAAUUAGAAGAAAAGAGUGGUAGCAACUUGGAGCUCGAUUACCCGCCUGCACUGCUCACCACGGAGCUGGAGAACCCCGAGAGGACGCGUGACGAGGCGCCCCAGUUUCUGACGCUCAGGGGCCUGGAGUGUGAGGAGUCCAGUACCGAUGAGGAUUUCUUCCAGAGCAGCGCAGACCCCACAGACCCCAGCCCCCCUGAGGACGCGCGUGCCGCCAGGGGCCCCGAGAGCCCUUUUAACAGUAUAUUUAAUGAUCUGGACAAGUCGGCGGACCUGCCCAGUCACCAAAAACUAUUCGACCUGAUGGAACUGAAUGGAGUUCAGGCUGACUUUAAGCCGGCCACGCUAAGUUCAAGUGUGGAUGAGCCCAAAGACUCAGUGAUAACAGGCCGCCUGGAGAAAGAGGAGCCCCACAAGCUUUAUGACCUUGCGCGCCAAGAUCAUUUUGAUCCACUGAAUGUGCAAGAAUUGUCAGAAAACUUUCUAUUUCUUCAAGAGAAAAACUUACUAAGAGACUCAUUGUGUAGCAAAGAACAUAUAAAUGACCUUCAAACAGAACUUAAAAACGCUGGCUUUACGGAAACCAUGUUAGAAACUCCACGCAGGAACACUUUAGAUGCUGAGUUUACGUUUGCUGAAAACAAACCAGGCUUCUCUUCGCUGCAGGAAAACGUCAGCGUCAAGGGUCCGGAGACGCGGGCUGUGCUCCAGGCCCUUGCUCUGAGCACCUCCGAGCCGUCUUCCCCGGAAGUGCAGGUACCUCCUACCUCCCUCGGACCGGAAGGAACACCUCCCCACGCACUGACAGGGACGUUCCCGAAGCAGGAGGAAACCACGCCCAGGCGUUUAGAUGUCGGUGUCCAUGACGACUGUCUUGGCCAAGAAGCAGAGGUAGAUUCGGUGACUGUCCCGGUUGGCAUUCCCUCCACCGAUGCUGGCACAGACAGCAUGGGCCCUGGGUCCCUCACGCUGACUCCGCCGAGGGAAGAGGCCUCCGGACGGACCCAGAGUGACCCUGCUCUUGUGGGUGACAUUGUUGCCAGGAAAGUGAGCAUAGAGAGCAGCCUUCCGGAACUGAGACAGCAAAACGAGCCGCCUUCAGAAGACCCUCCCAGGAACGGGCCGCUGGAGGGCAGCCCGGCAGCCGGGGGCGCUCUGCACCAGCUCAGCUGUAAAGAUGCCGCCAACGAGGGCGGCCUGGCCCUGUCCUCCGACUCGACCAGCCAGGACAGCCUUCUGGAAGACAGCUUGUCCACACCCAUCCCCACUUCAGAGCAGUCGGCGGAGACCCCCGAUUCCCUGGACUCCGUGGACGUCCAUGAGGCUCUGCUGGGGUCGUUAGGAGCAGGGCAGGAGACACUCCUGCCCCCUGACAAGCCUGCGGACAGCGGGUACGAGACAGAGAACUUGGAGUCGCCCGAAUGGACGCUGCACCCUGCUCCCGACGGUGCCUCGGCCUCAGACGCGGCCGCAGCAGGUGACGGCGGUCGUGGCGAGCUGCCUCCCACCCCUGUCAUCGUCAUCUCAGAUGCCGCCGAUGGCCACCAGAGUGCCGACCUGGCCGCACACGCCUCUGCCGCUGGCUCUCAGAGCUCCUACCGAGACUCUGCCUACUUCUCAGACAAUGACUCCGAGCCUGACAAGAAGUCGGAGGGGGUCCAGGGAACCUCGGUGUCAGCUGUGGCCUUGGUAACGGAUCGGCCUCCGCCUGAGCCAGUCAUUCCAGAGCCGAGUCCUGGCACCACGGACAGAGGCCUGGAGACCAAAAGCAGCCCGCCAGACCAAAGCUGUCCCUCUGCUUUCCAGAACUCCCGGCUCCCGGCAUCGGGAGAAACAGCGCAGCCGGCACUGACGGGCGUUUCCGAGGAGCUGCCUGCGCCCCCAGACGAAGCGGGCAGCCCCUCGAGCGCGUUAAACUCGGAGCUGAGCAGCGGCGAUGACUCCGAGGCCCAGGAAGAGCCCCCCUGCACCAUCGCCUCCACCGGGACCAACACCCACGAGCUCCUGGCAUUCGCCAGUGCCCUGCACCCCGGCAGCCCGGCGGACCAGCCCCUGCCCGGCCACGAGGGCCCCAAGCUGAAGGAGCCGGACGUGGAGGGCAAGUACCUGGGGAAGCUGGGCGCGGCGGGCCUGCUGGACCUCUCCGAGGACGGGAUGGACGCGGACGAGGAGGACGAGAACAGCGACGACUCGGACGAGGACCUGCGGGCCUUCACCCUGCACAGCCUCAGCUCCGAGUCGGAGGACGAGGUGGAGCACCCGGUGCCUGUGGUCCUCAGCAGCGACGAUGGGCGGCACCUGCGGAGCCUGCUGAAGGCCCCGGCGGCCGCCCCGCUGCCCCAGGGCGGCCGGAGGGAGAAGAAGGCGGUGACCUUCUUCGACGACGUCACCGUCUAUCUGUUUGACCAGGAGACGCCGACCAAAGAGCUGGGGCACUGCGGGGCGGAGGCGCGGGCCCCUGAGCGGGGCGGCCCGGUGCCGUCCUCGGACGCCCCCUACCUGAGCAGGUGCAUCAACUCCGAAAGCUCCACCGACGACGAAGGUGGAGGCUUCGAAUGGGAUGACGACUUCUCCGCAGACCCGUUCAUGUCCAAGACAACGAGCAACCUGCUCAGCUCCAAGCCGGCUCUGCAGGCUUCCAAGUACUUCUCGCCGCCGCCGCCCCGGGGCGCGGAGCAGAGCUGGCCCCAGCCGGCGCCCUUCUCCCGCUUCUCCAUCUCGCCCGCCAGCAUCGCCAGCUUCUCCCUCACACACCUCACCGACUCGGACAUCGAGCCCGGAGGAAGCAGCGAAGACGGAGAGAAGGAUUAGGUGGACGCUGAUGCAUCUCAGGUUCCAGGCUGCUUCCCCGCCCGCGGGCCUGUGCUGCCACCGAGAACGCCAUCCACGGAUGUCUGCUGAGCGGGACAGGAGACCCGGGAGGCGGAGCGGAGCCAGCCCCGGGCCCGGGCUGGUACCCAGGCAGGAAGCCUGUCUGGGCAGCCGGGUCCCGUCCCGUGUGGUUCGCUGCCCUGGCAGCUGGGCGCCCGCAGCCCCUCUCACCAUAAAGACACCGGGCUCCGGUCUGCCGUGGGGAGGGCUGGCGCUCCUGGUGCGUGUGGCUCCCGGCUGUCACUGAUCCCCGCGCGGGGCUCUCUGUGCCCACACCCGGCACCCGUCUGCGCACAGGGGCUCCGGGGCACCGGAGCCUGUGUGUUCCGUGUAAGCGAUCACUAACUGCUGCUUCAUUGCACUGUGGGUGACCAUUCUAGAGUCCCUGAUUCUGUACAGAACCUUAAGUUAUUCAAGGAAAAUACGGCAGGUCAAGCUGGUGCUGCCACUGGCUUGAUUUCCUGGUUGUGUUAUAGUUAAUUUGCCUGCAUGGUACUUGUACAGCUUAAGCAUUUGAGUGAGUGCAGUCCUCAGAGUGGCUGGAGCUGUAAAGCUGGCUCCCUUCCGUGAACGACCACUGAUCUGAACGUUAGAGCUUCGUGUCCUCAUAGGAAACGCUUGAGUCCCGAGUGGCUGCUCCUGGGCGAUCGGCCGGAACCUGCUGUCUCCUCGACACGGUGGUUUCCUGGGCGGGGCGGCCUCUCUGAGGAGCCGAGGGCCCUGCAGCCUCUCUGAUCCCCCUCUACCCCUGACUUUUAAACCCUUUUGGUAAACACCAACAGGUGGCACACCCCAGAACUGAGUGCUGGCUAGCUGGGCGGCCCCGGCCCUCCCCCAGAGGCACCCCCUCCGAGCCCGCGCCGUCACGGACACCUGCUGUGGUGGCCGGGUCCUUGAACUCCUUCCGCGGAGAGCGGACCGGAGGGAGGAGCUGCUCCCGGGCUCUGUCUGUGAACACCGGCCUGUGGCCGUGAGCUCUCACAGCCCCGGAGCUGAUUCCCCUCACAACCCUCCAGGCGUGUCCCGUCCGGGAGAUGCCCAUACGCCACCGCAGCUGAGGAAGGAGGGACAGGGACAGGGCGAGGCCCCCACAGCCAGCUCAUCCUCCUGGCCGGAAGCUGGGCAGCCCUGCCUGGUCAUUCACCCAGAGGCUGCCUCGGGGCGCCCUGCACUGACCCUCCCAUCGCACUCAGCCCAAGUCCCCCUUCCUGGAGAAGAGCCAGUGUGCAGUGUGAACCAUGCUGCUGGCCUCUCAGCGGGGAGUUCCCGGGCCCGAGCAGCGCUGAGGGGGCUCGGCGGUCCGUCCUGAGCCAGGGCUGUGGCCCCACAGGCUGCCCUCCUCGCUGCUCUCGCUGCUGAUGUGCUUUCCCGGCUCCAGCCCGGGGCCCGGGAUCUGAGUCACAGGAACCGUCCGAGGGCGAGAGGCAGAUGUGGACGCUGGCUAGUUUCCGUAGUAAAUGUUGGUCCUUAUUACCAAUUCUGGUUCACUCCACUAACUUUUAUACUAG